CCUAGCGGAGGCUGCCGGGGCGGGUGGCUUUGGUGGCUGGAGGCGCAGCGAGCGGCUCAGCAGCUGGCCGCGAGCGAGUGCGCGGUGCCCCCACGGAACUUCACCGCAGCCGCCCCGGCGGCGCCCUCCCGUCCCCUCCGAUGUCCCGCAAGGCGAGCGAGGACGUGGAGUACACGCUGCGCAGCCUGAGCAGCCUGAUGGGCGAGCGGCGCCGCCGGCAGCCGGAGCCGGGGGCGCCGGGCGGGGAGCGCAGCCUGCUGGCCGCCGCCGAGUCGGCCACCAGCCUGCAGGGUUCGGAGCUGGAGCGCGCCGCACGGCGGCAGUUCCAGCGCGACGAGACCCCCGCCAUGGUGUACGCGGCCGCCGCCUUCUCGGCGCUCGGCGGCUUCCUGUUCGGCUACGACACCGGCGUGGUGUCGGGGGCCAUGCUGCCGCUGCGGCGCCAGAUGCGCCUGAGCUCGAUGUGGCAGGAGCUGCUGGUGUCGAGCGCUGUGGGCGCGGCCGCCGUCGCGGCGCUGGCCGGAGGGGCCCUGAACGGAGCUCUCGGCCGGCGCAGCUCCAUCCUGCUCGCCAGCGCCCUGUGCACCGCGGGCUCCACCGUGCUGGCCGCCGCUCCCAACAAGGAGACGCUGCUGGCCGGCCGCCUGGUCGUGGGGCUCGGCAUCGGCAUUGCGUCCAUGACAGUGCCCGUGUACAUUGCAGAGGUUUCUCCACCCAAUCUGAGAGGUCGACUGGUCACCAUCAAUACUCUCUUCAUCACAGGGGGACAGUUUUUUGCAAGUGUCAUUGAUGGAGCCUUCAGUUAUCUUCAGAAGGAUGGAUGGAGGUACAUGCUGGGACUUGCCACAAUUCCAGCUGUUAUACAGUUUCUUGGAUUUCUCUUUUUGCCUGAAAGCCCUCGGUGGCUUAUUCAGAAAGGACAGACUCAGAAGGCCCGCAGAAUUUUGUCUCAGAUGCGUGGCAAUCAGACUAUUGAUGAGGAGUAUGACAGCAUCAGAAACAACAUCGAGGAGGAGGAGAAGGAAAUCAGCUCAGCUGGACCUGUAAUCUGCAGAAUGCUGAGUUACCCCCCUACUCGCCGAGCAUUAAUUGUGGGAUGUGGUUUGCAGAUGUUCCAGCAGCUCUCGGGCAUCAACACCAUCAUGUACUACAGCGCAACCAUCCUGCAGAUGUCUGGCGUGGAAGAUGACAGACUUGCAAUAUGGCUGGCUUCAGUGACAGCUUUCACCAACUUCAUUUUCACACUAGUGGGAGUCUGGCUCGUUGAGAAAGUGGGUCGCAGGAAGCUUACCUUUGGUAGCUUGGCAGGCACCAUGGUAGCACUUAUUAUUCUUGCCUUGGGAUUUCUGAUCUCAGCCCACGUUUCCCCACGGAUCACUUUCAGACCAGUGGCUCCUUCCGGUCAAAAUGCCAGCUGCAUAGGACACAGUUACUGUAAUGAGUGCAUGCUGGAUCCAAACUGUGGUUUCUGCUACAAGAUGAACAGAUCAACUGUCAUCGAUUCCUCCUGUGUUCCGGUUAAUAAAGCAUAUAUAAAUGAGGCGGCCUGGGGCAGGUGUGAAAAUGAAACCACGUUCAAAACAGAAGAUAUCCACUGGGCUUACAGCUUCUGCCCCACCCCGUACUCCUGGAUGGCACUCCUGGGCCUGGUUUUAUAUCUCAUUUUCUUUGCACCUGGAAUGGGACCAAUGCCCUGGACGGUGAACUCUGAAAUUUAUCCUCUCUGGGCAAGAAGUACAGGAAAUGCAUGCUCAGCAGGAAUCAACUGGAUUUUCAACGUCCUCAUUUCACUGACCUUCUUACACACAGCAGAGUAUCUCACAUACUGUGGAGCAUUCUUCCUCUAUGCCGGCUUUGCGGCCCUGGGACUGCUUUUCGUCUAUGGCUGUCUUCCUGAAACGAAAGGGAAGAAGCUGGAGGAAAUUGAAUCGCUCUUUGACACCAGGCUAUGUACAUGUGGCGCUUCUGACUCCGAUGAAGGGAGAUACAUUGAAUACAUUCGGGUGAAGGGAAGUAACUACCACCUCUCUGACAACGAUGCUUCUGAUGUGGAGUAACUUUCAGCUGGUGACAUUUUCGUUACUGAAUUGAAUGUGGGAAAAGGCCAGCACUUGGUCACUGCCCUGCUCGCAAGCCGAGUCUCCCCACAGUCCUUCCGAAUGACUCCAUAUUCUCGAAGACUUGGCAAGGAGAAAAAUACAACCAUGGUGAUGUUUAUUUUCAUAAACAGAAAUGAUAUAAAAAAAACCAAGAGUUUUCUUAAGCAAAUGUGUAUAAUCCCUUCUUGAGACGGUCUAAACAUUACUGUUGUACCCAGUGACUUCAGUAGGACCCCUUUCUCCUAACACCAUAUACAAUUAUUAGUAGUGAUACAGUCAGUGAUUAUCUAGGCAGAUCAUAUAUAUAUAUGCAUAUAUAUAUUUACAAAGUAUUAUUUAAGAUGACCUAAAAGUAUUUAAUGCCAAAACAUGGUCUAUUGACCCUAAAUUUUCAUACCAAGUAGUGGCUUUUCUAUGAUCAGUUGGUACAAAGUGAAUUCCAUCUAAACUUCCAUCUACAAAUUCAGAAGUCCUAUCAGGACACAGUUGUCCCUCUCUCCUUUGGAUUCCAGAUGUUGGCUUCUGUCUCCAACACAGAUAUAAUCAUUUCUUCAGAGACUGAAUACACAGGAUCUUUUGAACACUAUCCAAAGUAGGCCCUUUGAGGGUUAUUUUCAUACUUUUUUGCAUUGGUGAUGAGUAUAUUUGCACAGAUAAGCUAGCAUGUUUUGAUAAGUAUAUUUUAUUGUCAAAGUGAGAAAGAGCAGAUUUUUAUAUAUCCUGGUCUGUUUGUCACAAUUGUAUGCACAAUUGGAAUGCAAUGGUCGAUGUAAAGUCAUGUCAGGUUGUCCACUGUAUUCCAGGGUCAGUUUAAUGCACACCAGACCCUCCACAUGGUCACUCCCAGGCUGCUGCUGCUCCGUGCCUUCCUUGGUGUUCACUGACAGCUGCUGGCAGACUGCUUUUCUCUUUCCGAUACACUAGAGGAAGGAAGUCAGUGGCAGAAACAGUUAUUGACAUUUAAUUAAACCCUAGGAUGCUUUUCCCACAUGCUAUUGGCUCUUCCUAAGGACAGAAGCUCAUCUCACUACUAAUUACUGUGUUUUCCCCUGAGAAAAUGCGAGCUACUUUUCAUUCUGUCUUUUCUCAUUCCUAAUAACUUGCUACAUAACCACAACUCAGAGCUGUGUCUGUUUCUUUAUCUCAUCCUUGGUUUGGUUUUCUGUCUGCUCUAAAAAAACCGAGAUUUCUUCUUUGGAAAAGACAUAGAUAGGCUAUAAUCCACAGUCAGUAAAACAGGCUGACUUACCUUUAGACACGAUCUCUCAAAGUAUUUCCUGGUCUCUAUGUUCACCCAAUACUGAAUUCCUAGUUUUCACCACCCUACUAAGAGUUAUGUGUGGUACAAAUAAAAUUCCUUGCUUACAAAACUCAUUUGCUAGUUCUAAAGCUAUGGAUGAAUCUAAUGACCAGUUAGGAACACAUCAGUUUAAUGUUUUACACAAUGAUCUAAACACCUAAUUAAGUUCUGUAUCCAAGUGAAUGGAGGUUAGUGAUAAAAUUGAGUAUUUUAGCAAGUCGCCAAAUGUUUAUUCUUCUUUUAAUGCCUGGCUUAUUCUUUCCAUAAUUACCAAGCUGAGAUGCUAGCAAAGGAAGUUUUUCCUCCAGUCACCACCAGAGGUACUAACACAGUCACUUACGUGACCUACAAAUUCUUCAGCCAAGCGAGGGAGUUCUCUCUCUUUGGUUGUUUAAUGUUAUUUUAAAAAAAUAAUAUAGCAUUUUAAAAUUUUUUUCUCAAAUUAGGUGCUUUGAGAUUUAUUUAUAGAGAAUAUUAGUACUGAUUUUUCUCUAAAACAGAAGAUAUUAUUUAAUAGGAAGAAUUAUUUGAUAUUUAUCUCUUAAGAAGUUUCUUAACUCAAUAGCAUUUUACAAGAUCAAAUGAGCUAUUAUGUGGAAUAGUUGGCAUAUUAUUGGAAGAAAACUGAGUAGAGUAAUCCUUUUUAAAGUAUAUUUUUCUGAUUUUUUUUCAACUUGUUGCCUCAAUUCUUCCUUUCACAGUCCAUGUAGCCUUAGGCACACAUGUGUCUGCAGCUGGCUGACACAUGGGACACAUGGGCUAACACAUGGGACUACACAUGACACAAAGGGACAGCUGGGUUGCUAGUCCUGAAAGCUGAGUGUGAUCUGUUCUUGCUGACAUAAGAACAAGUAUGUUUUCAGCUUUUUGUGCAUAAGUUAAUAUAAUAAUGGGAAAUUGUCCACAUUUCUCUUGACCUGUACCUUUCUUCAUUUCUAAAAAUUAUUUCUAUAUUAAUAUUCCAUACCUUUAACAUACAAGACAGAGCAGCACAUAUGACUUAUUUAUAACUUUUAAAAAAAUCAACUCAGUACUUGAAAAGGAGCCUUCUAUAAUCCAGGUAUGCUUUUUAGAUUUGGUGAAUAUUUAUAUCAAAUUAAAAGUUAAUUGUUGGAAUUUUCAGAUUUUUAUUCUAUUAAACACCUUUUAUGUUUCUAGUGUCAACUGCCAACUUGAAAACCACCCAUGUGAAAUCAUCAAACAUAUAUUUUAUAGGACAAUUUCUAUAUGAUAUGAUUUGAUCUACCAUGUUAAAAUAGAUUAAGCAGUGCUUGCCACUGCAAUAAUAGCUUUCUUUCCAAACAUGCUGCAAUUUCAAUACUGGUGUGUUUGAUUCAGGGAACGCUAUGUGAAGAAGGUUAAGACCAUGCCUGCAACCUAGCUGGAUGGCUAAUAUGUAGGACAAUUAAGAAUGCAUCAUUUGUCUACGUAUAAGUACACACUGUUGAACAUGAUUCUCAAAAAGGUUUGGGGUUAUGGGCUGUGGUAGGGUGCUGGCCUCAAAAGAUGGGUGUUAAUAUUUUCCUUCCAAGCAAACAUCUCUUAUAACUUUGAUUGUGACACCUACCUUAGUCAUUAUCUAAAACAUUGCUUUGAAUGUGUGUGUGUGUGUAUGUGCGUGUGUGUGUGUGAUCUAAAUAAAAGAUGUUUCCAGGAGAAUAAUAGCAGAAUCAUCAGUUUAUCAGUGAAACACACUUUGGGAUACAUUCUUAAUAUUUGUUAUUCACUCUAAAGUGAGAGAUCAGUAGAAGCACCAAAUUUAUGAAUUUCUGCUGUGAUUUUAGUUUCUAUUAAACAGGGGGAAAGUCCGGGGAAAACAAAUUGAUAACUUGCCCAUUUACUUUAUAAAAGCAAAGUAAAAGUCAAAAUGUAUUGUUAAUAAUUGUAAAUCUUGGGGCAGGGUGAAGUGAUGUUUUAGAUGGUGUCACCCACGGGUUUUCCUUAAUAGCUGAGUGUAAUAACUUUUCAGUUGUCAACCUCAGACCAUUUUUAACUAGGAAAAAGAAUUAGAUGGUACAACCAGGUCAGGAGUAAAGUGUUUUUGGUAUACUCUCUCUAGAAAACUAGACUACAUUCUACCCUUAAGCUCCAAAAUUAUAGGUGAAAUUCAUAGUUCAAGAGUAGCCACUGCCUAUACGAGACUCAGAACUGUUCUCUGGGAAGUUCUUCAUGUCCCUCAGUGUGUCCAUUUCUACCAGUCCUACUCAUGCACAGGUUGGAUAGUGUAGGUUCAUUCAGUUCUCCUAGGCCAGUACCAGUGCUGCCACCUUCUGGGAACUGCAAGAAGUUGCAAAUGCCAAACAGCUACCUGUCUAGUUCUUCCUUGUGUGCUUGUUUGGGGAAGGAAAUGCUCACGUGCCAAUCAUCACCAGAGAGUCGCUUUACAAGUAUUCACGUUCGGAAACACCCAGAAGUAUACUGUGCUUAUGAGUACAGAGCAGGAUAAUUCUCCAAAUCUUCACAAUUCAGUCUAUAGCACUUGAGUAAUUUGGUCAACAGGAUUUUCACUGCCAUCGUUUAUAGAUAAUAUUCACAUUUUAGACAAUUAGGUUCAUGGGAUUGAUUUUGUCAUAUCCAAAUAAAUAGAAUAAGAAAUGAACUGUGCAGAUAAUCAGUAUCCAAACAUGGAUCUAUACUUUACAAAGUUUUAAGAUUUUGCUAAAUUCAACAUUAUCCCAUUUCACUGAGAUUUAGACAAUAUAAUGUUAACUGUAGCCAAAGUAGAAAUUUAUGUCCUAUAUACAUGUCCAGUAUUGUACCGUGUCUCUCUUGAUGUUACAGUACCGUUUGUAAUAAAUGUUCUAAUUUCUAUUUAGGAGCUCUAAAUAUACAUCUCUAUUAAAUCAGGAGUUUCAUGCUUUUAGAGGCAUACAUAUUUUGAACUGUACAUUUUAAUUUUCUGAAUGCAUGUUAUAUACUGUUUAAUACUUGACAUAUCUUGGAAAAUCUAGUCUUUUCAUUCCCACCUGUGACAUACAGAAUAUCUCUUGAAAACUGCCACUGUUCCAUUUACCAAAUCAUGCUAGCCUAUAAUAUAUCAAAAGUAUGGUAUAUUUUAUGGAGAUCUAGUGAUAUACAUGUAAAUGUUUUUUAAGUUAUUUUAUUGAACUUCAAUAUUUACAUAAAGUUAUAAUCUUUUUUUAAAGAAAGUGUCAGUGCCAGAGCUGUAUAAGAAAAUAAUCAAAUAAAGGUAAAGACAAUUCA